AUGUCCAGCCCUCCACCGAGUUCUUCCCACCCGCCGCCGCCACACUCCGACGUCCCCGCCGUUCUCUCCCCGGCGGAGAUCACCGCAGCCCUCCGCGAUCUCACCACUGCUGUCCAGGAGAUCCGCCUCUUCCUGGCCGGUCCCUACGGGCCGCCACCGCCGGCGGCGCUGCUACCGUGGCAGCCGACGCACCAGGCGGCCUCCGCCACGAUCGCCGGGCUGCUGCAGUCCCCGCUGCCGCUGUCCACCAUCUCCGGGCCAGGCCCUACCUCGGCGCCGGGGGUCCAUCUUCUCCAGCAGCCGGCCGCCUUCUUCCCCACCAGGACGGUACAGCAGCAGCUGCCGCCACCACCAACGCCGCCGCUGCAGCUGCUGUCCUCACCUACGCUGUCCCUGCCGUUCGGUGGGCAGCUGCAACAGCAGCUGCAGCUGUCGUCGCCACCAACACCGCAGCAGCGGCUGCUGCCGCCACCGACGCCGUCCUUGCCUUUCGGCGGUGUGGGCGACCUUGGCCCCGGGCUCUACAUCGACACCGCCCGGGAUGCCCUUCCACCAGGUCCGUUUCCCUCCGUCGCCGUCACCGCUUCCGGCUUGGAUCGCUAUCCGCCACGUGUCGGCGGCGGUGAGGUUGCAGGCUGCUGCGCGUGGCCUCCUAGUGCGUCGGCGUGUGCGGGAGAUGCGUGA